AUGUUGCACUCCGAAAAAUCAUGGGCCGUAAGCCUUUUGGUCGACGGAUGGUCUUGCGGCCAAGCCGCAAAGACCCUAACAGUUUUAAGCUCAGUGCAGAUAAGUUGGGCCGAGUGCGAAUCAUUCUCAUUAUUUUGCGAAUGUGAGAACCGAACCCCAAACCUUGAAACCCCGCACAACGAAAGCGUUGACGGGCCUGCUCUGCACCGCAAGGUUUUGCUGCUGAUCUUUGAUACAUGCUUCCUGCCUCGUUCGGAUACAGCUGCGCAGCAUCUCCUUCAAUUCUGGUACUUCGCAUUCUUGCUCUUUUUCGUUCUGUUCCUGCCGAUCAUUGGCACGAACUUCAGGGACUUCGCCCAUCAAGUGUACAAGAGUCCUGCUCAAGUCCUGGGCUUGGUCGCAGCGAGGGUACCCAAAGCUGCAGAGUUCUUUUUCGACUACGUGGUGCUGAUGUGGUCGGUGGCAUGUGCCGGGCCUAGCAACAGCGUUGGCAAACGAGCACGUGGUGUUUUUCCCCUGGUCUCCCUGGCCGUCCUCGUGAAGUUCCUGCUGCAGCAGGUCGCCUAUGGCUACCUCCUCGUCGACGUCCCAGGGUUCGCUCUCGGCAGCCCAGAUUACAACCUGCGGAUUCAGAUACACAUUGUAGGAGCACGAAUGGUCGUUAUGAUGACGGUUGCAGUCAUGUUGGAGAUGGUCUUUGCGGAGACGCGAAAGCCAGACCUAGGGGGCGUCUUCUGGGUACAGGCCUUGACUCAGCUGCUGCGCCUCGGCACUGCUUGGGUGGGUAGAGGUCCCGGCUUCAAGGGGCUCCCUCAUUACACAGAUCGGCUUGUCCAGGUUGAGGGCAACAUGACAAUUGUCGUGAUGACUGGAGUACUGCUGCAGCGCUCUGACGGCUACAUCCCGGCUGCCCUCGCCUUGCUCAGCGGCUUCGUGGCAGUGGCAUCUGUCGUGCAGUUCAAGAUGCGCUUUCGGUGGCAGUCUUUGCCAUAUCCGGAGGCCGCUCCAGUUUGUGGGUCUGGGGUUCAGGGUGUCGGCCAUCCACAUGAAACAGUAAAACAAGAAACCCUAAACCCUCAAGCCCUAAACUGUAAUCCUGCACCUCAAACCUUGCCCUGA